UUGAAGCUGGGCAUGCUGGGGACCAUGCAGAGGGCUGGGGCCGGAGCCCGCAGGGCCUCCGACUGCGGGCCUGCACCCUACCGGCCCAGGUGCAUUGCCAAGUUUGCCCAGUACGUGGGAUCCUUUCCUGUGGAUGACUUGGACACACAGGAGGGUGUGUACCUUGUGCAGCAGCAGCUCUGGGCACUGCAGGACUGUUCCAGACGCCGCGCUGUCAUCCUGAAAUUCAGUCUUCAGGGUCUCAAGGUCUACAGUGGGGAGGGCGAGGUGCUCCUGAUGGCCCAUGCCCUGAAGCGUAUCCUCUACACCACCUGGUGCCCAGCUGCCUGUCAGUUUGCUUUCAUUGCCCGGAACCCGCGUAGCCCAGCCAGCAAGCGUUUCUGCCACCUCUUUGUGGGGAGCCAGCCUGGAGAGGUCCAUAUCCUGUACCUGCUGCUCUGCCGCUCCUUCCAGCUUGCUUACCUCUCACAACACCCUGAGGAGAGGGCGCAGCCUGAGUCCUGCCUGGGGUCUGUGGGGGACGUGUCCCCGAAGCCACUCUGCAGCCCUGGGGCACCCCCUGCCCUAGUGCGAGAGCCCUUCACCCGGGAUCAGCUGUCACAGAAUGUCCACGCCCUGGUUUCCUUCCGGCGAAUUCCUGCAGAAGGGCCCCUGGGCAGCAGUGGGAAGGAGCUGCCAGAGCCUGAGGGCCGUGGGGGCACCCGUCACACCCGCCUGGGGAACCCCUACUGCUCUCCCACACUGGUGCGCAAGAAGGCCAUUCGCAGCAAGGUGAUCCGCUCCGGAGCCUACCGAGGCUGCACCUAUGAGAUGCAGCUGCAGCUAUCAGCCCGGGAGGCCUUUCCAGCUGCAUGGGAGGCAUGGCCCCGCAGCCCUGGUGGUCCCUCGUGCCUGGUGGAGAAUGAGGGUAGCCUGACAGAGAACAUCUGGGCCUUUGCUGGCCUCUCCAGGUCCUGUGCUCUUGCCCUGCUGCGGAGAGAUGUGCAUGGGGCCUUCCUGCUGUGGCCAGAGCCAGGUACUGGUGACCAGUGGAGCCUGUCUGUCCGGACCCAGUGUGGGGUGGUGCCUCAUCAGGUCUUCCGGAACCACCUGGGCCGGUACUGUCUAGAGCACCUGCCAGCAGAGUUCCCCAGCCUGGAGGCCCUGGUGGAGAGCCACGCCGGGAUAGAGCGCAGCCUUUUCUGCCCACUCAGCAUGGGCCGUCUCAACCCCACCUAUGAAGAGCAAGAUUGUGGUCCUGAGGGCAGGCUCCCCCGGACUCUACGGCCCCUCAGCCAUGCCAAGUCCGAGGCAGAACUGCAAGGCCUGGGCUAGGACGCAAGGCCUCAGUCCCCUGGUGCCCAGCCUUGCCUUGGGCCCUGGGCUGCGGCAGUCACUCUGCCCUUCUUGCACCCCACUCACUGGUCACCAGCUUCAAACAGGUCACUCUGCUCCUCGAUCAGUCUUCCAUCACUUCACUGCCCAUGGGAGGGGAGCUCUGAGGUUGGAGAUGGAGAUCCCAGGGCUUCUCCCAGGACCUAGGGCCAGCUAAGAUACCAGGAUGAGCAAGCAGGUAGACUAAGGGUCUGGCAACUCUAGGUGACUUUGGGUGGUGCCCAUUGCCAGGUUCCCACUGUCCUCCUAGUGCAGAGGCUUUCGCAGCAGUUCGUGGAUGUGGGCACAGCCUUUGCUGGAGGCGGCUGAGCCUGUGUUGGAGGGGAACCCUAGAGAGCUCCCAUAGGGAAGCAGAUGCUUAGGGAGUUGCAGGUUUACCACCUCAGCUCAUUUCUGGGUGUCACUCCACCGAGUGGCCCCCGCAGUGAGCAAACUGCCGUUUGGUAGCUGCUUUGGGAAGCCACCUCCUGCUGGCUUUAACACAGUGCCGACCACUGGGCAUGGCUGGCACUGGUCUGCUCAUCAGCAAGGCAGCCCCACUUACAACGGAGAACUAGUACUAACCCAAACCCCACAGAGGAGGGUGUGGCUUUAUCAGGGGGAGGUCCAGGGGCACAUUCUAGAGGAAGGCAGUGGCCCAGCCAGCAAUGACAAAUCCAAGUGUCCCUUAAGUCACCUCAGCAUAAUAUAUGAAUCUACCCAAAAGAUCAGACUUCUUAAUCAGCUGGUGGUGAUGCACACCUUUAAUCCAGGGAGGUGGAUCUCUGAGUUCGAGGCCAGCCUGGUCUACAGAGUGAGUUCCAGGACAGGCAGGGCUACACAGAGAAACUGUCUCAAACAAACAAACAAACAAACAAACAAACAAAAAAACAGACUUCUUUUGGAAGCAGAGGUGUAGGCACAGGUGGAGAGGAUGUCUCUGUUCAGUGCCUUGAAGGCCACAGGCUUUGGUGGAAGCCACAGGUUUGGGGCUUUGGGAUCCCAAGAGAAGUGGGCAGCCUCUAUAGAACAAAGAGAAGACAAAAGCAUGUGGGAGGAAGAGGCAGGCCAGGCCUGGUGCUUCCGGCUUCCAACACCCCCAUCCUCCCCGCCCCACACACUAGGAUAAGCCCUUAGUUAAGGACAUUGUCAUUUCUUUCAAGUGACAUGUCUCAUGAGGGAUGGAGAGAAAGGACAGGAGAUAACACCCCCCCAAACUGAAUGUGGGUGAUAUUCCUUCCAUGGCUGUUUCCACUGGCAUCCCCACUCCCCAAGUAGGGCCUGGUCCCCAGUGGGAACAGAGGGAUUAGCAUAUCCUGUGCCUAGGAUUUCAACCCCAGAAAGUUACACCUAAGGAAAGCUGUCAACUAACUGGUCCAGACUUCGGGCCAGGGCUCACCUCCAGGAGGGUGUCCAUAGUGUGAAUUGCUGAUGUGUACAAUACCAGGGGAUGUUCAACAUGUCCAAGGGACCAGCCUUCCACAUACCCUUUAAUAUUUCUUCCAAACCAAACAGUUUGGAGCCCAUGUGUUCAGACUGUCUUAAUUACAGACCAUAGUUCUGUCUUUGUUCAAACCAUCAAGCCCCACUGUGUGGACUUCAAGAUAAAUAAAACACAUUUCUUCACA